AUGUCACAUGCACGGCCACUGCUGUCAACAGUCGCAGCCAUAACACUCUCAACCCCCCUCAAGUCCCUCGCAGGCACCGCACUUUGCAACACAGGCGAUACAUUCAGGCACAAGGCUCUCGCCGUGCGGAGAGUCCUUUUGGCAGCCGAAGCGGUCGUUGUGACCGGUUACGAUUACAAGUAUUCACUCGGCUACGGGAACCGAGAUCUGGAUGUGAACGAUCCCGACGAUGAGAAGGAGCGGAAAGCGAGGAGGAGUCGGUUGCACCAACGGAGUGCUGAGAGGGUUAUGAGGAUGAUGCGAGAGAACGGCGGCAUUUACAUCAAAUUGGGCCAACAUCUUGCAAGUCUAAAGUACCUACUUCCCGUCGAAUGGACCCGAACCAUGGAACCCCUCCAAGACAGAUGCCUCCCAUCCUCCAUCGAAUCGAUUCAAGCCCUCUUCCUCUCUGAUCUGGGUCAACCACUCACCGAGAUCUUUUCGUCCUUUGAUCUGACACCCAUCGGAGUCGCCUCUCUCGCCCAAGUCCACAAAGCAACCCUCAAACAGACCGGUCAAGAAGUCGCCGUCAAGAUCCAACACCCGGCGUUGAGCGAGUUCUCAGAGAUUGAUAUGGUCACCAUCUCACAACUGACUACCUUUAUUGCCUGGGCGUUCCCUGAGUUUGAGUUCUUCUGGUUGAGUGAGGAGAUUCAAGCUAACUUGCCCAAGGAGCUGGAUUUCCGGUUUGAGGCGAGGAAUUCUGCAAGGACGGCUGUCAACUUUGACCGCGCUCGAUCGUUGGGCGACCCUUCGACUGUCAAAGUCCCAGAUGUCAUCUGGGCUCAAAAGCGAGUCCUUGUCAUGGAAUAUAUGAAUGGAUCGAGGAUCGAUAAUGUGGAGUACCUCAAGGCAAACAACAUCCUCGUCUCCGAGGUCUCCAAGGAGAUGGCACGCACGUUCUCGCAGAUGAUCUACAAGGAUGGCUUCUUGCACUGUGACCCCCACCCUGGCAAUGUCAUGAUCCGUCCCACCCCUGCCGGCUCACCCUCGCACCGCAACUUUGAGAUCAUUCUUCUGGACCAUGGUCUCUACCGAGAGCUGUCACCUGAGUUCCGACUGAACUAUGCUCGUCUUUGGACUGCCAUCAUUGCCUCGGACGAAGAAGCGAUCAAGCGCCACGCUUUGUCACUUGGAGGGAUUGAUGCUUAUGAACUUUUUGCUUGUAUCUUGACGGGUCGCGAUUGGGAUGUGAUCCAGGAUGCCAAGUUGACAAAGCAGGUCCGUAACAAAGAGGAGACAUCCAAAAUCUCGCAGGGUGCUGGAAACUGGUUGGUCGAGAUUGCGGACAUCUUGGCGCGAGUACCUCGCGACCUGUUGUUGCUGUUCAAGACGAACGACCUCUUGCGUGCGUUGGAUGAGGAUAUGGGAGCGGAUGAUGGCGCACAGAUGAGGACGUUUGCGGUGAUGGGUCAGUACUGUGCUCAGGUCAUCUAUGAGGCCGAGAAGAAUGAUAUCAAGAACAGUAUUCUUUCUGUGACCACAACGGCGACGGGUAGGGCAGAGGUAACAGUGAGGGUGGUGGUAUCGGCGUGGACACGGGGACUUGGAGCGUUGUUCAAGGCGUAUUGCAAGUUCUUGUACAAGAAACUGUCGUUGAAUGUGUUUGUCUGGUGGAUCGAUCUUAGUCAGUCCAAUUCUCUACUUUAUAGGAUCCUUUUCAAGUGUGAGCGACUCCUCAUCGCCUAA